GUUGGUAAUACCAUAAGCACUAUGUUAUUAGGCACGGAAUGAUAUGACUUGUCAAUAAUGUCAUUUUGACGUGAUUUUGACCGAAGUCAUAACCCUACUUUCACUUGCUUUUACUUAUAGGCCGAAGCGAUAGGUUCAAUCUGGAAUCAUUUUUUGGCGAUUUUUUGAAGUUAGCUUGUUAUUCUCGACUAUAAAUAUAUCGCAACAUCCGCAGGAGAGCGGUAGUGGAUUUAUUUGAAAAAUGAGUGCACCUAAGAGAACAAGUAACUUUAGCAGGGAAGAAGAAUCCCUUUUAAUUAGACUGGUGAAUAAAUAUAAAGAUGUUAUUGAAUGUCGUAAAACCGAUGCAGUAACAAACUCUUCAACAGCAAAGACAUGGAAUAUGAUUGCAAAAGAGUUUAACAGUGGAGCGGUGACCUACAGGGAUAGUAAAACAUUGAAGAAUAUGACAAUAUCAAAAAAAGGUCAAAGAAGAAGUUCUCACAGGAGAAGUGUUCCCUGUUUGCUACAGGAGGAGGUGCCUCAAAAACAGUUCAUUUCACCGAUAUUGAUGAACAAGUCAAAGACAUUUUAG